AGAGUGUUAGCUGGCUUGGUAGCUAUUGUCCUCUUUUUCUAAUUUGAUUUCCACAUUGACUAGGAUCCAAGCAUAUCUAUAUUUUUGUAACAUUUUAAGUUAACAUACAAGAAUACCCAAACUCCAAGGCAUCGUUACACAUUCAGUCCUCUAAAAAUGGACAAGGAUAGCGGGCAGGAAGAGAAUCCGCAGCCGACGAUGGAUGGGCAAACGUUCAACUUGACGGCAUCCACAAUGACCACAAUGACUCGCAAGACCGGCGAGUCUGACAAGUUCACCCUGGCCAACAUGGUGUCGCUACCCUCGUCCUUGUCCAUCCCGACUACCCGGUCGAUGGCUCAGGUCCAGGCGAAUGCCACCUCGCCCAUGGGCAAGUACACGGAGCGCAUGGUGGAGGACAUCCUGAACGAGAUCUUCAAGGAGCGGCGCGGCGACUUUCCGGAGACCUCCUCCUCCUGCCACCUGGCCGGGAUGCCGUGGCCGCGCGAGGAUCGGGAACCGCACGUGGACCAGCGCCUGCGGUACUGGAAGGAGGUCCUGCAGCAGCGCAGGAAGAUGCAGAAGCGCGUCCAGCGGGAGACGGGCAAGUUGGCCAGCGAGGUGCUCUUCAACCGCCGCUCCACGCUGGACAACCGCGACGGGCAGACGGUGAAGCGCCUCCUGGACUUUGCGGAUCGGAUGCAGUGCGACCGCCUAUCGGCUGCGCCGGUGGCCAAGCUGGGCGACCUGCAGGAUCCGUGCACCUGCCAGAUCAUUCCCGGACUUGAGGCCACACCCCCCCAUCCUGAGAAGGUGGGCUACAAGGACGUGGAGAUCAUUGGUCUGCCCGACGUCACCAAGCGGGAGCUGCUGGGCAGGGAGGCCCUGGCGGAGAAGGCUCCGCCCGGGUGGCUACAAUCGGAGUUCCUGGACGAGCGGCUGGAGCAGCGAUUCGGGGCCAUACAGAACGUGGUCGAGUUCUUUCCCGAUCUCAAUGGCCUGCAGGUCGAGGGCACGGCCAUCAGAAAGCUGAAGCGUCCCCAAAGGACAGUCCUGAUGAAGGCUGACUCCAUGCGCACGGUGACCCAUAGUGAUAGUCCGCCGAUCUGCUCCGAGGAGUGCGCCUGCGAGUCCCUCGGGGCCACAGAGGAUCAAUCUACGGGAUUGGAACCCGUCGUUGUGGAGGUGGGACUGCGGGUGAACGGGGUGGACUACAUUCCAGGCGAGACAGACGGCAUCAAGGAGUGCUUCGAGAUCGUCACCCGCUUCUCGUGCAAUCCCUUCCAGCGUCGCAUCAAGCACGUCCUCCAGCUGACCAACAUUGGCCAGCAGUCACUCUCGUUCAACUGGAAGCAGAGCACGUACUACUACAACCGCGGAUCUCUGCUGCUGGCCCAGGACAACGAGUUCUACUUCGACAUGGAUGGCUUCCGCCUUCGGCACGGUGAGACCCGCAACCUGGUGGUGCUCUUCCAGCCACGGAAGGUGGCCAUGACCAUGGAGCUGUGGCUGCUGCAGGUGGAGCCGCGCAUUUUCUGCGGCCGCCAGGAGUCGCUGCUGCUCCGCUUCCACGGACGCUGCUGCCCGCCGGCGGACUACAUGGCCAAGCUGCUGGAGUGCCAGUGCGCCUGCAUCUGCAAGUCGGAUGCGCUGGCCAUGGACAAGCUGACCACCCAUCUGGGGGCACUGGCGCCCCUGGUGGUGCCUCCGCCAGCCUGUUGUCCCUACGAUCGACCGCUGGACGAUCGCGAGGCCUUCAAUGCCCUGAAUCCGGGCUACAACUGUGCCCGCUUCGAUGACCUGGAGGUGCUCCGUGCGUUCCACCAUCGCUUGAAGAAGCCUCGCGAACCGCUCUGGGAUCUACGUCUGGCCACAGUCAAGGACUACAUCCUGCGGGUGGAGGGUUUGGUGGAGCGGGAACUGGUCUUUGCCGAGUUUACCGAUCUUCUUGCUCCUCUGCUGGGAGGGGCAUCUCCUCUGACCACCUCCACCCAGCGGGAUGAGCAGAAGCAACGAUCGCGGUUCAUCUACGUGCGCGGUGUGAUUUGCAAUGGGAUUGCCGAGUGGGAGGAUCUCAUGUGUAAUGUAGAGGAUUCGUUCUUCAAGCCGGAGUUAGAGAGGUUCUACCAAAGCUUGCUGGGCGAGUCGGAGCAGGAGGAAGAGGACGAUGACGUGAAGAGCGGGGAGGAGCCCAUACUGCCCCGACAGCCAAAAAAGCCAAGUCCAGUGACGCCCAUCGACAGGGAGAAACUCAUGGAAAUCAUCGGCGAGGCGGAGUUGGACGAGGAGAAGGUCCGGGCUGCGGUGAUGCGCAACUUGUACCGCUCCAAAUACUUCCGGGACUCGCUCUACAUCCAAACCUACUCGCAUCUGUGCAACAUGUCCGAGGACAUCGUGUCCGUCAUCGAGAGCACAGAAGUAGUGCCGACAUAGUAAAAAAAUAGACUUGGUGGGAGGUAGGAUUUUCGUUUUGAGAUAAACCUCCACAAAUCAUAUGUUUCCUGCAAGAUUCCCGCAAAGUUUGUCUUUGCUUAAACCGCAUACAAAACUGUGAAAAUCAUGACAAUGUGUUGAAUGUUGCACCAAUUCUUAGAAUCUCGUUCUGAGAAAGAAUAUACAUCCUAGCACUAUUGCUACGUUAAAGUCUUUAGCACACAAAA